CUCAGAACGAAUCCUAGCAUGCUUUCCACCAACACUCUCCAUCUGAACAGAUCUAAACAGAGGCCACGGAGUAAUAGCUGCUGACCAGCCUCCUCGUGGACCUUUCUGUGGUGUCUCAACGUGGACCCCUCGUGCUGCCUCCGACACGCGGCAGUCUUCCGGCGUUCUCUAUCGCAUCUCUGGCUGUGAUCUGUCAUCGAGUUCUUCACGGUUCCUUUUCCACAGUUCGAACUCUGCUCGAACGCUAAAGCUUAUCAGGCAGCUGUUUCUGAGAUCUCAAUCGGGGGAUUUUGUCACUUGCUUCAGCCACGUUUUGUGUGUCCAAAUGUGGGUCGGGCUACAGCACUAACACUACGUAGGGCCAUUUCUUUCUGCUGAAGCCUUUGAGUAUUGUUGUGGAUCGAUCCAAGGAAGUCAAUAUAAUUCUGCAGGUCUCGUUUCGAAUACUGCAGAGGUCAUCUACGGAGAAGUUUCCCAUCUGACACUCGUUUGCUGGAGAUAUCCCAGCCGCAGAUCAAGUCCUGCCUGUCCCUAGAGAAAGAGAUAGGUAUUUAUACCGUCUGUGCUUAUAUACUCAUAUCCUUUGCGUGACAGGUCUUUCACCAUGUCCGGCCAAGAUGUAUUUUUACCAGUAUCAACUGGGCCAAUUCCUGCAAACAUACAAUCGAGGAAUGACCACCCUGUUCCGAAAUCGUGGAUUAACGCUACCGGUCCUAUCCCCACAAACAAGUUCUACGCCGGCUAUUUUCUGGGAAGCCAAACAAAUGCCGGUUUCACACACCCUUACACGGUGGCGUGGUGCAAGGGUGGUGGAAAUGCUGUGAGCUACGGUAUGGCCGUCACGCAUAUCGAAUCUAAUAUGCUGGCAACUGGUCCAACCAACCCUAGCAUCCCUGGCAAUCCAAUAUCGUAUUACAUCAAUCCAAUUGGCAUCCAGUCUGUGAUAUUAUCUGCAGCUGAGCUGGGCAACUCCACUGUUUAUAUUACAGAAAAACCAACGGCGUUUUCAGUACAUAUGGUCUUGCGUCCAUUCAAUGGAUCCAGCCAGAGCAUCACGUUCCCGAUUUUUCAAGGCAUGGGGCUCGUCACCGGGGUCUACUCCAACCUCCAGCCCAUGGUGCAGAGCAGUAUCAUGUUUAGGUCUGUUGAUCGCGCAGGUUCUCCACGAGCGGGAGUCUUCAAAUACCGUGCCAUCCUUGAAAACGGAGAGACUUGGCUUAUAUAUGCUAUUCCAGCGAAUGAAACCGACCCUAAUCUUCAAUUGAUAUCGAAUACUACUCUGCGCGGUCCUCCCGGGUUCUCUGGCUUCUUCCAAGUAGCGAAGAACCCGGCGGGUGCCUCAGGAGAGAAGUUCUACGACAAUUCUGCCGGUGUAUAUGCAGUCGACGCCACUAUCUCUGGUUCAGUAUCUAGCAAUGUUGGCACAUAUAGGAUCACUUGGACCAAGGCAGGCAAGGAUGUCAGCAACACCCCACUUCUGAUGUUCUCUCUUCCUCAUCAUGUCCAGUCGUUUGACGGCGAGACAAGCGGCCGACGGACCAGCCUUCAGCUGCGAACGACCACGAAGGGCAUGGCCACGGCCGUGAUUGGAGAGUAUUGGACAAUGGUAGAGCCUGGCCUUCCAAAUAACAUGGGCUUUGCUCCUUGGUCCCCUUCGAAUGGCAGUAUCUUGUCACUCUCUCGCACGGCCAAACACGUUAUUCAGAGCGUGGCUCCAGCAGAAUUAGGGCAGGACAUACAUGGUCAGUCGGAUCUGGACAGUAUGUACUUCAGCGGCAAGGCAUUCAGCAAAUUUGCUACUUUGGUAUAUACUGUGAGCAAAUUGGGCUCCAAUCCAUCACUCGCAGCCUCGGCCCUGGAGACUCUGAAGUCGGCAUUCGCACGAUUUGUCAACAACCAACAAAAGGUGCCUCUCGUCUACGAUAACAUCUGGAAGGGCGUUGUAUCUUCAGCCAGCUAUGGAGGGGAUCUUGGCGCCGAUUUUGGUAACACAUACUACAACGACCACCAUUUUCACUACGGGUACUUCAUCCACGCGGCAGCGAUUAUGGGAUCUCUUGACCCAAGUUGGCUCCCCACCAACAAGGAUUGGGUGAAUAUGCUUGUUCGUGAUGCGGGAAAUCCGGUUACGAAUGACCCUCUGUUCCCAUUCUCACGGUCUUUCGACUGGUACAAUGGGCAUUCAUGGGCGAAGGGGCUGUUCGAGUCCGCAGAUGGGAAGGACCAGGAGUCGACGUCUGAGGAUGUCAUGUUUGCCUACGCCGUGAAGAUGUGGGGGAAGACCAUCGGAGAUGCCAGCAUGGAAGCACGGGGGAACCUGAUGCUGGGGAUCCUUCGCCGGAGCCUCCAAAAUUACUUCUUGAUGGAGAGCAACAACAAGAAUCAGCCGCCCGAUUUUAUUGCCAAUAAAGUCACUGGAAUUGUAAGUUCAUCGCUGUACCCUUUUUGCAGCUGAAGUUAUCAGAUAGAAUGGCAAAAGGCUGACACAUUACUCAACUUGGGCACAGCUUUUCGAUAACAAAGUCGACCAUACCACGUAUUUUGGCAACAACCUAGAAUAUAUACACGGGUAGGCUCAACAUGACUUACUUGACUUCUCAAUGGCACGUUCAAAGCUUGUAAGCUCAUAUGCUGAUGGGAAACAGAAUUCAUAUGUUGCCACUGCUCCCUUCUUCCACAUAUACACGGAACAGGAAAUUCGUGACGGAGGAAUGGAACGCUCUCUUCGGACCCAACUCCACCCUGCCUGUCGACAAGGUAGCAUCAGGAUGGAGAGGAGUGCUAUAUGCCAAUCUUGCCAUCAUUGACCCUGUGGCCUCGUGGAAUUUCUUUGCACAGCCGAAUUUUGACUAUGGUCUCCUUGACCAAGGAGCGACGCGAACCUGGUACCUUGCCUUCGCGGCAGGUAAGUUGCAGCAGCAACCUCACGGUAGAUAUUCGUCGGACAUGGCUGACUCCGUCUUGUAGGACUUGGUGGUGCUCCAUUAUAAGAGAGGCUUGAUAUAUCUCUACAACACAAGCCCGUGGACGAGGAGGUUUCUGAGCGAAAUAUAUAUGCGUGUGGCUGGCAACACACAAGUGCAGCUUGUUUAUGUUUAUUAUGACUGGUACUUUUGGUCUUUUUCUUUCUGUAUCGAUUUGGAUUGUCUAUUUCACAUUUGGUAGGCUGGAAUGUUUUCUUGGAGGGACAAACAGACCCAUGCAUGAGCUAUGAAUAUACGCCGUAUUCUCC